AUGGUUACAAUUGAGAAGUCACUGACUGUUCCUGAACACUAUGAUGGAUGCAAUGAGAGGACAACAUUUGAACAUUCAGUAAGUGUUCCUGUCACUGAUGUGAGGUGUAAAGUGAGGACAACAGGCGUGUCUGACGCUCAAAACUGUUAUGUAGGAUUUGACAAGAGAUUGUCUAAGGUGGAGGUUGCAUUGUCUGAAUUUCGUGCGGACCAUGAUGCAUUGUCAGCCAAGUAUACAGUUGAAGUAAAUGAAAUUAAACAGAUACUGCAAACGCUAUCUGAAAAGGUUGUUGAUGCGUUGAUUCCCCAUAUUACUGAUGUUAGUGAUGAGGUACGCAAUGCAAUAUUGAACUACAUUUUUCAUGAGGCACUUGAUGCAACUGAGACGAUUGUUCAAUUUGAUUCAUUUCAUGCGACAAGAUUGACAAUGCAGUCAUUGGCACCCACACAGUUUUUGCCGAGCGAGAUGAGGCAUAUGAUUUUCCCAUUUUGUGUAUACCCACUUAAGGAGUACAUGGGGGUGGAUUAA